AAUUAUUUCCCCCUAACAACUAACUUUUUUUUCCUUUGUAAAAUCCUGUUUGCAUAUAGCUGCCUUUGUUUCCCGCUCUUGUCUUUCUGCUUCGAUUUAAAAAAAAAAACCUAAUUAGGUAAAAUCUCAUCUAGAUUAGCCAAAAUAGAAACACCCUGAUUGCAUUUAAUUUUAAUGUAAAAAGCAUUUUAUUUUGAUUGGUAACUUCCAUUGGCUUUAGUAGCGAUUUAAAUGGCAGAGCAUCUAAAGUGAUCAUCAAAUCUUAGGGAGCAUUUACAAUAGUGUUAGUUGCAAUUCGUGGUACAAAUUUGUUCAGACUCAUAAAGAUCUAUUCCAUCCUGAAGGACGUAACUGAAUCUUUUCGGAAAUCUUACCCUUCUUCCAAUCCACGUUUCAGAACGUUAUCACUACAGAAUAGUUUGUAUUCCUCAGAAGACAGUAAAGAAUCAGAAAAUUGCAAUGAUCCCGACUAUGAUAUUGUAGAUGAAAACAGAAUGUUAUUACGUUGUCUAUAUAUACCCUGUAGAACCGAAUUUGUGUGGUAUUCACAUAGUCACAGAUUCGAUUCUAGGGGAAUAUAUGGUCGAUGCAAAAACUUCACCUUUCUGCAAAUGGUUAGAAGUUAAAAUAUUGAAGGUACCAAAAGACAUGUGCGUGCUGAAUAUUGGGAAAUUCUAAAAGUUUUUCUGCCUCUAUCAUAUUUACUGCACAUCAGAACAAUCGUUAACGUUUAUUUUGUUGUUCAAUCGGAAAUCUCACUCAUAAUCUGUUCAUUUAAACAUGAUCAGUACAAAUUUUUUGGAAAAUGUGCCAAUUAACUAAUGACUUUUUAAAAAGAUAACUUUUGCAAGUAAAGAGUUAGCUAGAUAUGCCAGAUGUUAGCAAAAUUUUCCUAUCAAGUGUCCAGAUCUCAUCAAAAUAUUUAGGACAAUAGCAAAAGCAGCAUUCGAGUCACUGGAAUGUAUUUACUUGUACUCCAAGAAUGCUGUUGAUGGAUUAACACUGCAUUUUUCUAAUUACAUCUGUGAUUAUUUUUUCACAUAAUAGUUAAAUGCCAUCUUCAAUUCAAUUGAUUGUACUUCAGUAGUUAAAAAUGAAAGUUUCCUGGUUAUAUGCUUUAUUAUAUACAGAUAUAUAGCGAGAGAGAGACUCGCAAAGUGAACCAGAAGUUACUGAUUGCCUAAUUUUAUUCAGCAGAACUAGAUUCUGGUAACUUUUGGAUGACCUCUGCAAGACAAAGACAGGACAGAGCUAUUGUACAUCAUAUUAGCUUCUUCUUUGAUGUCUUUUCUUUUUCUCGUCUCCUUAUCAAUAUUCUACCUCUGAAUCCUAUUCCAGCCUCUCGCUCUUCCUUCCUUGCGAUAUUUUAUUUAACAAACAUAACUCGUGAUAGAAAUUAUUGCUGGUGAAUUAGACUAAAGGGCAUCAGAGGUUAGAAAAGUCAGUUCAGACAAAAGACUUGAUUUACCUGAGGGUCAGAGAGGCUGUCAUCGUUUGAUGAAUAUUCUUUAUACAUUAAUAUCUGUUUUUGAAGAUAAAAUGUAUCGAAUUCGGGUCACUUGAUUACACGUAUAUUAUUUAGUUAAAUUUGUGGAAAUUAUGAGAUGCACACAAAUCCGGUGAUAAACUCCCUGCCUUCCUAUUGGCUGAGCCAGUCACAUGGACGCCUAACUUUAUUCAGUUGACAGCAAGUAGGAGGGCUCUAUGGAGGGAGAAAAAAAGACAACACGAGAAAAAUUAGUAUUUUCUACCUUCAGAAAUUAAUGGCCAUGAGUUCGUAUAUGGUGAACUCUAAGUAUGUGGAUCCCAAAUUUCCUCCUUGCGAGGAAUAUUUACAGAAUAGCUACCUAGCCGAGCAGGGCUCAGACUAUUACAGUGCAUCGCAGGGCUCGGAUUUUCAGCAUCAGGGAAUCUAUCCACGGUCAAACUACAGCGAGCAGCCCUUUAGCUGUAGCAAUGCCCAAGGCUCUGCAGUGCAGCCGCGGGGUCAUGGACAGGAGCAAUCCGGCCCACCGAGCCACUUCCCCGGUCAAGCAGAGCAUUGUCCACCGCCUCCAAUGGCCAACUCCCGAGCCUGCAGCCAGCAGCAAAACCUCAAAACCCCCAACGGGUCAGCAAUUAAGCAGCCAGCAGUAGUUUAUCCCUGGAUGAAGAAAGUCCAUGUUAACUCGGUGAAUCCCAAUUACAACGGAGGGGAACCUAAGCGCUCCAGAACAGCCUACACAAGGCAGCAAGUCCUAGAACUGGAAAAAGAAUUUCAUUUUAACAGGUAUCUGACUAGGCGCCGCCGUAUUGAGAUAGCCCACACUUUGUGUCUCUCUGAACGCCAGAUCAAGAUCUGGUUUCAGAACAGAAGAAUGAAGUGGAAAAAAGAUCACAAACUGCCCAACACUAAGGGCAGGUCUUCUUCAGCUGGUUCAAACCAACAUUUACAGACUGUUCCCAAGGACCAUCAGACUGACUUGACAACUUUAUAGAAGAGGUGAAAUUUUCCAUUUCAUCCUUAGAAUCUGAACAGUACUGUACAUAACUGACAUUACCCCAGCAGAACCUGCAUGUAGCAGCUAAAGACUCCAGACUGUCAUCCUGCUUUAAGGUACUGUUGUACAAAGGAGGCGAAAUGACCUUACUCUGGACUUUAUUUGAAUUACCUAUAUUAGCACAACCUAAAAACUCUUCAGACAGGUAGUGGAAACUGUGAGGACAUUAAGCGAGAUCCUCUGUCCAUAAAAAGUAAUAAAUCUUGAAAAUGAAA